GACUGUGAGUCCGAUUUCUCUAACCUUUUACUCUUUGUCUCUUUCUCAAAUUUUCACUUUUACCGUCUUUCCCAGUCUUUCACCUAAGCCUCUCAUAGUCACAAUCUCUCAACUCUCAGACUUCAGUCUCGACUCUCCUCCGCGCGAUGCCGCAAAGUUGUGGUCUCGACUCUCCUCUCCGUCUCUCCAUCUCAAUCUCGAUCUCUCCUCGUCUUUGACACUCCACAAUCCGUCUCUCGAUAUCUCGGAUUCAACUUUAAGUGGGUAACUGAAAUGUCUCAAGCAACCCAAAUGGCCUCGACCUUGAGCGAAUCCUCCAGAAUACCCACAAAUGCUUCAAGGAUUGUGUUGAUAACCGGCGUGAGCAAAGGUUUAGGGAGAGCCCUAGCCUUGGAGUUAGCUAACCGUGGUCACACCAUAAUUGGCUGUUCACGUGACCAACCUAAACUUGAUUCCCUUCGUCAUCAACUUUCUUCCAAUAACCACUUGCUAUUCAAUGCUAAUGUGAGAUCAAACGAUAGUGUUGAAGAGCUAGCAAGAGUGGUUGUCCAAAACAAACUCGUUCCUGAUAUUAUUGUGAAUAAUGCAGCUGUUAUUAAUAGAAAUAGGAACCUAUGGGAGGUGGAUGUCGAAGAAUUUGAUAAUGUUAUAGAUACCAAUGUCAAAGGGACAGCAAACUUAUUGCGCCAUUUCAUUCCUCUUAUGAUUCAAAACAAGCAUGGAAUAAUCAUUAACAUGUCUUCAAUGGCCGGAAGAAAUGGAAUUAUACAUAUUGCACCAUAUUGUGCAUCAAAAUGGGCAGUUGAGGGGCUAAGCAAAUCUGUAGCAAAAGAAUUGCCGGAAGGAAUGGCUGUUGUGGCCUUAGAUCCAGGCCUCAUAAACACAGACAUGCUCGUUUCAUUUUCUGGCAGUUCAGCUUCAAAAUAUCUAACACCUGAACGAUGGGCUAUAAAAGCAGCGACAUUGAUUCUUGAUCUCAAGGCAUCAGACAAUGGAGCUUCCCUCACAGUUAAGGAUCCAACCGAGUUGUCCAGCCCAUAAUUUCUAUGCCCUUGGAUGAUAAUUAAUUUGGUAAGCAUCAUUGAUAGAAUGUUUAGAUAUUAGAUAAAUGAGAGUGAUGAAUGUAUAAAUGUGUAGAAGGUAAAUUUACUA